ACAGCUUCACUUGGGGCGUCUCUCCACCAGGGGGCGCACCCCGGGAGAGGCUCCCAAACCAAGUCCAUCCAAGAAACUUCUCCCGCACCAUGAGCUGAUUUGGUCCGGCACAGACAAGGGAAGAUGGCGGCAACUGACCAGUCCCGGUCCGAAUCUUCCAAACAGCGACGGCAGGAUCAGCUGCAGCGAUGGCUGGGCUCAGAGACAGACCGGGCGGACUCGGAAGCUCGGUAUAACGCGAGCAGCUCGGGCACUCGGCGGGCGAGGGUCCGCUUCGCCCAGGGAGCCGUGUUUAUGGCAGCCUGCUCCGCCGGGGACCAGGAGGAGGUGGCGGCGCUUCUGCGCCAGGGAGCUGACAUUGCCCACGCCAACAAAGACGGGCUGACGGCGCUCCACCAGGCCUGUAUCGAUGAGAACGCAGAGAUGGUUCAGUUUCUGGUGGAGAGCGGGAGCAACGUCAACACAGGCGACAACGAGGGCUGGACCCCCCUGCACGCCGCGGCGUCCUCAGGCUUCCUCCAGAUUGCCAAAUACUUGAUAGAACACGGUGCCCACGUUGGAGCGGUGAACUGCGAAGGGAAACUUCCUCUUGACGUCGCCACGGAGGACCCCAUGGAGAGACUGCUGAAAGCAGAAAUCAAAAAGCAAGGUAUCGAUGUGGACCAGGCCCGAAAAGAGGAGGAGAGGAUCAUGCUUCAGGAUGCCAAGGCGAUGCGAGAAGGUGGCAGCAUUCUGACCCCUCACCCAAACACGAAGGCAACAGCUCUGCAUGUUGCGGCAGCCAAAGGAUACAUCGAAGUUUUAAAGGUGCUGCUCGAAUGUGGAGUGGAUGUGGACUGCCAGGAUGUCGAUGGUUGGUCACCCCUGCAUGCAGCGGCCCACUGGGGGCAGGAGGAGGUGUGCACGCUGCUGGCGGACCACAUGUGUGACAUGAAUGCUGUCAACAACGUGGGCCAAACACCUUUAGAUGUUGCUGAUGAGGACCUAGUGGACACACUGGAGGAGCUGCAGAAGAAACAGAAUGCACUACGCACCGAGAAAGAGAAACAGACUCCUGUCAUCGAGACCAGCCUGCAAACCUCUACUGUACCAGUACGCACACGCAGGACUUCAAUCUCGCGCAUGAGCAGCAAGGAAAAAAUCUGCCUCCAUGAGCGGGAGAAGCACCCGCCACCUGCCUUGCAGAGCAGCCCCACGGAGGACGAGGAGGAAGAAGGCCGGGCCUCACGGAGCCUGUCGCAAAGUCAGCCCAAAGCCUCCAGCAGCUCCAGCUCGGAGGAGGAGAGCGAAUCGGAGAGUGACGCAGAGUCUGAAAAAGCAAAAAACAGAGAGAUCAUAAACAACUUGAACAACAAACGCAACACCAGCAGCCUCCUUCCGACUGCCAUGCCAGUGGGCACCACUGCAAACCAAGUCAAAAAGCUUGUUCAACAGGAGCCAGGCAAAUCCGUCGUCUCUGAGGCUCCGGGUUCGUGGAGAACAUCGCUGAGGAAAGCGGGCAGCUCGGUGACUCUGGGUUCAGCUGGUCUGUCUGACUCCAUCCCAGACCAGAACAAGCCACCAGAGUCGGGCCUAGGGAUGACCCGCUCAGCAUCUAGUCCCCGUCUCAGCUCUGAGACUGAGCCCAAGGAACCAAGACUUGCCCGGGUUCCACCUAUUCCAACAAGGAGACUCUUUAGUAUUCCCGACAGUAGUUCUGACAACUCCAACAGUUGGCUGAGUCGUAGCUCGUCCUACACCCGCCGCCUUCACAGCCAAUCAGGGAAUGAUCUCACUAGCUCCAACCCCUGUUUGCCCCGCAGCUCUUCUUAUGGAAGGAGACUGGAUGAAACCGGUAUGAACUCAAGUAGCACAGGAACAAGCACAUCUGGACUCAGUCGCCUAAACAGUGCUUUGGCACAGAGUGGUACAAAUGUCCUGUGGCGUCAUGCUGCCUCUCAAAGACUUCCUCAGGAACAGACUAAGGAUCAGUCAACAUUGGACACCAGCUCCAAUCCUCAGAACACAACCGGCCCCGAAUCAGAGACCAAGCAACGGCGAAAGUCCUAUCUAACACCAGUUCGGGAUGAGGAGGCAGAGGCACAGAGGAAAGCUCGCUCGCGACACGCACGGCAGUCUCGUCGCUCCACUCAGGGAGUGACGCUGACAGACUUGCAGGAAGCUGAGAAGACCAUGAAGCAACACAACAAAGUGAGAGAAAAGGAGGAAGAUGAGAAUGAAAAAGAGAAAGAGGCAAAGUCUAAGAAGGGAGAGGAAGGGGAGGUGAGCUGGAGGUCUCGAAUAGCAAGCCUGCAGAAGUCCGACCUGCUGGGUCUCACACAGCCUACCGGCACCCCACGCCCUCAGACCACCGACGGCAGAGCGACUGAGGCCAGCGCCGGGGAGUCCGAGACUGAGCGAUGGGCCUUGGAGCGCAGGGAGAGGAGACAAGCUCGAGCCAGGAGGAAGGCCCAAAGGAGCGGGGAGCUUGAUGACAAUGAUCCCAGCGGGGAAGAAGAAUUCUCCAGCAGCCGGCUGGGUCUGCAGUCAGACCAGCUCUCGGGUUCCAGGUCCAGUGUGCACUCUAAUGAGGGUGGAGAGAGCAAGGAUUUCAAAAAGCUUUUUGAGGAGGUGACCAGAGAAAACAGCCAGCUCCAGUCUCAGCUGCAGGACACCCAGAGGAUUGUCAGCCAGACCAGGCUUGAUCUCGAAAAGGCCACUCAGAGACAAGAGCGCCUCACUGACUGUUCAGCUCUGCUGGACCUCGAGAGAAAGGACCGCAGAAUGCUGGAGCGGCGGAUGGCAGAUCUGGAGGAGGAGUUGAAGGUUCUGGGUGACCUGAGAGCAGACAACCAGCGGCUGAAAGAUGAGAAUGGAGCACUGAUCCGUGUCAUCAGCAAACUCUCCAAAUAGACAGAUGGGACAAGCCACAGAAAGCAGGGACCCUCCUUCUAUUCUGCCUCCUCCAGUCCAUCCCUCCACACACAUUCCACCCAAAGCCAAAGAGCAAGAGGAGGGGGACAGCCAAAUGUUGACUUAGCUUGUGAUGUUUUUCAAACGCCUGGAGUGGCUUUUGUGUGGCUUGUUGUGUCUAUCACAGGAAGCAUUUUUGCAUGACUGACGGGUCCCACAGAUGCAGAAAUGUCCACGUUGGAGGGGGGCGUGCACACUCCUACCUGUCUUUAUUGCCGCACGAGGCCGAUUGGUCUUAACCCCCCCUUCCCCCCAGAUUGUAUUUAAUUUUUGUGAACACAUUGCAUCUCACAUUCACACGUUUGUCUUGCUGGCCGUCUUGAGCUCGUUUUAACGGGCAGGAGAAGUUGGUUUCUUCAAGAUUCAGCCAAAUGCGGUCUUCUCACUACAUGCAAGUGUUUGAACCCACCUAUGCACCCCCGCACUCCCUUUACUCGUAUGUGUUUGUUUUUUUACUACACACACACACACACUCGCACUCCAUGCUCUUAAAUGAAAAGACCAGAGAACCAGGUCAAGGCACUUUAUUCUCUGCAAAGCAAUAAGAACAAUGGCUGUUCAGUUAAAGCCUGUUAAAGCUAUGAAUGUAUUUUUUUAUCAUUGAUAAAAAUAUUAAUGUCAUAGUUUUUCAUUGUAAAUUUCUCUUCCAAGAGAAAGCUUAUUUUGUAUAUUACAUGUGUAUAAAUAUUAGUCCUCAUACCCUUUUUUGAAGUAAACAAUCAUGUAGCCUUCCUUCACAUGUUUUUCUAAUAUAUUAAAAUGGAUGUCUGCACCCUGAAAGAAA